GUUAUGGAGUUAUUGUAGAUGUUACUUUAGUUAAUAUAUUGUGGUUAUAAAUACAUACAUUUGUGAAAUAUAUAUCUAAAAAAUUGAAAAGUUUUUUUAAAGCAUUGUUGCUAAAGUUUGCCUGUUGUCAUGGUUACCGUGUUUUUUUUUUAACUCGAUGAAAUGAGUCAAGCGUUGUUUGAGUCAGCAUAAACUAAUCGUACUAAACCGUAAAUUUACUAUACCCAUUAACAAAGCCGAUGGCUUAAGUUUCAUUAUUUUCAUAUCGUGUCAUUAAACAUGCCUGAACGCGACCCUCUGGCAGAUAUUUUAAUUGAAGAUGAAGCGGAAAGAGAAAGGCUACUUUCUAAACCACCUUGCUUUCUCAUAGUGGGUAGACCGGGUGUUGGUAAAUCAACUUUGGCAAGGAAAAUUGCAGACUCCUGGAAAUGCAUCCUCGUAGAUGAUACAGAUGUCCUCAAUACUCAAAUCACACGCAGAACAAAAGUUGGUUUAGAGCUCUUGGAAAUCUUAUAUCAUGGACAAAGCAUACCUGAAGACAUCAUGCUUCAGCUAAUUCUUGAAAAACUGAACUCACCUGAAGUAGAGCACUAUGGUUAUGUUGUGAGCUGUUUGCCCUCUAUGUCUGAGCGCUGUCUGAACAUUAAGGAACAGAUUGAAUUAUUAAAAAACCUUAAAUUACCUCCUGAUUUCAUCAUAAACAUUAAGUGUUCUGACAGUGAUUUAGCAGAUAGGCUUUCAGGUCUGAGGCAGUACCCAGAGACAGGACAAUUUUACCGAAGAGAUGAAUGGAUGCGUGACGAUGUUGUUUCCAAUUCAAAGAAGGAAAAAGAAAGCACAGAUGAAGAUGAAGAGGAAGAAGAUGAAGUGGUGGAAGAAGAGAUUAAAAAAGAAAUGAUCGAUCAGAUGGUGUGGAGACCAGAACACCUAAAAGAUAAUAUGGACCAUAGAAUUAACACCUACAAAGAAAUUAUGCUUAAACCUUUAGAGGACUAUAUCACUCGACACAAUCCUCUACAUCUACUGGAGCUGGAUGGAAAUGAUAAACCUGAUGAUCUACACUUGCAUGUAAUGUCUCGACUUGGAGCUAUGGCCAUUCACCAUGCACCACUUCCUGUUCUUCUCAGCAAUGAAGAUGAUAAUCUUCCAGAGGACACUGAUACGGAAGACCUUAUGAGAACAAUGUCUUCCUCAAAAGUUGUAGCCCCAGGUUUCAGAUGGAGAAGAAGUCGCUGGGGAAGAGCCUGUCCUGUAGCUUUGAAAGAGGGCAAAGUUGUCCCAGGCGUGCCUGAUUUUUGUGUGGGUUUCCAGGACAAAAUGUACAUCCUUUCCAAUGCAGAGGCAUAUGAGAAGUUCAUUGUAAAUCCAAGAAAAUAUUUAGCCCCUCCAAUGCCAAGACCUCCAUGUCGAGUUUGCAUUAUUGGUCCCUCUCUAUCAGGGAAGAGCACGCUGUGUAACCUUGUGGCCCAACAUUAUAAUGCACAAGUGUUAGAUGUGGACACGUUGGUACAGACAUUGCUCCAACAAGCUGAACAAGAGAGGUUGGAGAGAAUCAAACAGGAGACUACCGUUUCAGCUAUUGAAAAAAUACAGGCCAUGCUAUCUGCAGAUGAUGGAGAAGGUACAGAUGAAGCCCAGCAUAUUCAAGUGACAGCCGACCACCCAGAAGUACAGGCAUUGGUGCAUACAGCCGUAGAAGAAGCCCAGCAGGUCACUUUAUCACAGCUUGACAAGUACAUACUGGUACUGGAGAAACGCAUAAAGGAGAUAGAAAAGAUGAACACUGGUGCAGAUGUCCCUAGUGGCUGGGUACUGGACAACUUUCCUAGAAAUGUUACAGAAAUGGAGGUGCUACAUCAGGCUGGAAUCUUGCCCGAUGUCCUGUUUUGUCUUCAAGAUGGUGAAGAAAACAUCUUACUGAAAAGACUAUAUGAGAAGCACAAGGACAAUGUGGAUGAAGCUAUAAAGACCAGACUACAGAAAGAACAUCUGGAGAAGGAAAAAAAAGAGGCGUUAUGGAAAAUAAAGGAGGAGGAAAAAGCCAAAGUUGCAGAAGUAUUGUCAAAUCUAGAGUCUGUUGAUGAGAAAGAAGAAACUGAGGAAAAUCCAGUGACAGACAUAGACAUAGAUAGCUCUGAAACACAAAAAAUAAAUAACCAGCAAAAAGAAUCUCUGGAGCAAUCUGAUGCAGGCCAAGACACACUUUCAGAAAUAAUUGAAGAAGAAGAGGUGCCUGAGCAAUUGGAGUCUGAUCAUUCUGCAGCCAAUGCAAUAGCAGAAGAAAUCUCUCAGCAGCCUGUUGCUGACAGUUCUAAUACUAAAGAGAGGAUAGAGGAGUAUCAGCAUGAUGGUUCUCCUCUAAAUGAUAUAAACACCUAUGUCCUAUCUAAAACCAAAGAAGUUGAACUCCCUGAUCAUUGGGAGCUUGGUUAUCCAGAUGUCCCUGAGAUGAAUGUGCACAAAAAGCAUCUUCAACAGUUUAUGCAUGACUGGGAUCAAAUGCAGGUUAUUUCAAAUGUCACCUACAUACUUCUGGAUUUAAGUGGAAAGAAACCUGGAGAACUACUGGAGGAAGCGGUCUCUGAAAUGGAAAAACCGUUCAAGUAUGUGGCCAGCGAGCUGACAGGGGCAGACCUGGAUGAAGAGGCGGAGGACAUGGCCGAACUGCAGAGAGAAGAGGAAGGUGAUGAUGAAGAGGAGGCAGAGGAGGAGGGUGAAGGGAAGAUUUCAAUCACAAGAUUAUUUGGUGACACUUAUCAUUUUUGUCCUGUGGCUUUGAAAAACCACAAUGUCCUUGUCCCCUGUAAUGAUGAAAACGCAGCCAAGUUCAAGGAAAGAAUCUACUACUUUUCCAGUCCUGAGGCUAAGGACUAUUUUAUUGAAAAUCCUGAACAGUAUGUGGCACAGACUGAUCUACUGGAGCCUCCAGCUUUAAGGGUGCUCAUGCUUGGCACUCGAGGAUCGGGGAAGACCACUAAUGGAAAGUGGUUGGCCCAACAGCUUGGCCUGUUUUACAUUGAAUUCAGGGAGAUAUUGCAGAUGCUCAUCAUGGAAAAGACCAAAAAGGCAGUGACCUACUCUGAUGAAGAGGAGCCUUCUGAAGAACCAACUGAAGACUUGGAUGCACUGAUCAAAGAAGCCAGAGGAGAGAUGGAUAGUGAAGGGGACACUGACCAUAUACAAGAGAAGGAAGUCGAAUUGACAGAUGACGAAAAGCAAAUAGUAUCUUACCUGUCUGACGGAGAACCACUUAGUCCACAUAUACUGGAUAUGGUCCUCAUCCCUUAUUGGAAACUGGAGCCAUACAUGUCUACAGGGUUUAUUUUGGAGGGUUUUCCUUCUAAUUCUGAUGAAGUGGACUACCUUGCACAGCAGCAGCUCUUCCCUGAUGCUGUGGUCACGUUGGGGGUGGAUUUCAGUGAGAUACAAGUACGUCUGUUGCCAAAAUAUCUUGAGAACUGGCGGGAGCAAUGCAGACAUCGGCAAGCUCAGCUGAAACUACUGCGGGAACUUCGUCAGAAAAAUCGAGAAGAAGGCAUUGCCGCAAGAAGGGCUGAACUAAUGGCAGAGAUGCUCCCUAAUACAAAGGUGACAGGUCAUAAUGAGGAUGAUGAUGAAGACGAGGACGAAGAUGAAAAAAACCCAGAGGACGAUAUUGAGGCUAUGCUAGAGGAGGAGUUCCCCCCAGAGGAGCACAGUGACGACUUGGACAAUGAAGAAACAGAGGAAGUGGCCACCGAACGCCUGCAGAUGGACAUAGCCAGACGAUUUGCAAAAGAUGAAAACGGCAUUAGUGUUAUGAUGGAACUGUUAAGUGAGCAGAACAUACCAAUAAUUUCUAUUAAUGCAGGAGGCAAGCCCAAAAAAGCGCGGCAUCAGUUACUCAACCAUGUACAGCCACUUUUAAACAAUAGAGAAUCACUCUUUCAAAAAUGUCAACCAGUUACAUGUCUCCAAGCCCACAAAUUGCUGUCCUCCUCCUACAAAUAUUGCAGUGCGUUUGGCUUUUGGGAUCCAGUUCAGCUGUAUAAUGAAAGAGACAUAAUACAUCCACAGCUAUGGCCUUUUGAUCGUUCAUAUCCAUUGAUCUUCAACCAUUUUGUCUAUUUCUUUGAAUCUAAAGAGAACCGCAACACAUUUAUCCUGAACCCCUUGAAAUACAUACGCCAGCCCAAACCCACCCCAUCGCUUCCCAUUAGAUUAGCUGUCAUUGGACCUCCAAAAUCCGGUAAAACUACAGUUGCAGAGAUGUUUGCCCGAAAGUAUGGUUUGACUAGACUUUCAAUUGGCUGUGCUCUUCGCAUGAUGCUGGAGACACAUGAACACACAGACCUUGGUGUUCAAAUAAAAAAUUAUCUCAACCAAGGCCAGAUUGUGCCUGAUGAACUGGCCAUUCAAGCUUUAGAAACUGUUCUAAUGUGCUCAGUCUACAAUGUUCAGGGGUAUGUCUUGGAUGGAUUCCCAAUGACCAUUAAGCAAGCACAGCUAAUGGCAUCUCGAAGCAUCAUUCCUAUGGUUGUUGCAGAGCUUAAGUUAGACACACUGGAAGUUUCAAAAAGAGGCCUAAGAGAUAAGAUGAAGCCUAAACCAUAUUUGAUGCACAACAGUGCUGAGAUCCUCCUCAUCCGUAACUCCUGUUUCAAACAAGAAGCUGAGUUAAUUCGAAAAUAUUUCCAGCAACAGCACAAAAACUGGAUACCACUGGAUGCUACGAAGAGCAAAUGGUGGAUCUGGAAAAACAUUUUAAAGGAAGUUAGCAAAUGUGUGAAAAAUAUUCACAACUACCUGCAAAGGACACACAGUGGGCAAGCUGCCAGCAUAAAUAGGAUGUGCAUCACCCCAGAGGAGCUGCAGCGUCAGAUAGGGAGGUUUGGAUAUUACUGUCCGGUCUGUCUGGUCCUAGAGAAUCACCUAGUGGACUGCUCUGACACGACAGACUUGACUCAUGAUGCUGCUGAAUACAGAGGGCAUUACUACACCAUGUGUGAAGAAAAGCAUUUGGAAAUGUUCCUAGAAACUCCAGAGCAGUUUGCAGCACUGGACAGUCGUUACACACUCCCACCUCCGCACCUUCUGCCAAAAAAACUUAAUGGGAUACAAGUGAAAAACAAGUUCCCACAACAAAUAGAAUUGAGGGGUUUCUGUCCUGUCACCUAUCGUGAUGGAAAACAAAGUUAUGAAGCUUUAGUUCAUGGAAAUGCUGAAUAUGCCGUUGAAUAUCGUGAACGGAUCUAUGUCUUUGAGACUCAGCAGAAACAGGGAAAGUUUUUAAGGACUCCUGAAAUGUACUGGGACCAGAGGCUGCCUGAGAAAAUUCCUCCUCUCUGUGAGCCUGUACCUGUCAGCUCCUUUCCAAAUUUGGGCUAUUUGGAACAGGGGGUUGCUGUAUCAGUCAUCAAGGCUGUGACUGCUGUAGGGUGUCUUAAACCAAAGUAUCCAUUUCUCAGUGUACAAAAGUCUGCCCUCCUAUAUGUGGCCUACUAUCUGAAAGCAUUCAACCCUCGGAGCACAGACUACGUUCGGCAGAAGUACAAGAAGAAGUUGGCUUUGUUUGAAGAGAAUUGUGCACUUAUUCCCUAUCUGAUUACAACCAUGCAGGGAGAUUACAAGCCUCUGAGUGCACACCCCAUAGACUUUGAAUUCAAACUCAACAAGUUUCUGGCUUUGGAGGACAAACAAAGAAAAAAUGUUUAACUUUGUUUCCUAUUUCACAUUCACAAAGGUAGAAAGUUAUAUCAAGAGCUUAAAUAAAGACUGAAUAUCAAGAUA